AUGAGUGGUGUUGUACGAUUGUUGGGGAGGACGAGCGAUUACGAUUAUGUGAUGAUUACACAGCCUAACCCCUUUUAUCUCUCUGUAUCUCUCUGCUGGGUGUUGUUCAUGUUGUGCUUGAUAGAAGGGUUAUCAUUGGGGUCGUCCGACAUACAUCGGCUCCUGACCCAGCAUGAGGCAGAAUUGCUCUCAGACCACGGCCACAACAAUGCACAACUGCGUAAUGGCGGGGGGAUCUCAUCUGGUAUCUCUGGUAAGCGCCUGCAUCUCGCCGACUACGGGCAACUUCGUGCCAUUCCCGUCACGGUUGUCAGUGCGCCGUUUUGGGCGGUGCGUUAUCAGAUGACGUCCAAAUAA